AUAAUUAAUUAUUAAUGAAGACACAAAAGAAGAAGUGACGUGGCGAUAUCGAGGCGGUUUAUUGAAAUGGUGGGUCCCAUCUUAGAGAAAUCAAUGACCCUUAUCGUUCCACUUCUCUCGGAGCCGGAGAAGGUUUUGUUUCCCGUACGUCGGUCGUUGUCGGGAGAAUUGGCGCGUGAAAUCCUUGGCUCCGUCGUCGAAUAGUUUCUGUCUCCGACGGCUGUGAGUCGCAUGAUCGAGUCGUGGGUAGGUUUCUCUUGAGAAGAGUAAGAUGAAGUCUACAAGUGAAAGUAAGAAUGGUAGACUUGCAGCAGCCUCUAGAGAAGCAGUCAACAAAGUUCUAGACAAAAGCAGUGCUCGUGGCUCUCGAGGCAAGAAGAAGAAAGAUGAUAAUUGUGAUUCUGCAAAGCGGGACAAAGGCGUAAACGGGAAGGGAAAGCAAGCGGUCGAGGCAAGAUUGACUGAUAACGUUCUAGAGGACAGGGAAUGUGGUACGGUUGAUGAUGAGGAUGAAAUGAAUGAUUCAGACUGGGAAGACUGUCCAAUCCCUAGUCUUGAUAGUACGGUUGAUGUUACUAAUGUUGAUGACACCAGAGAGUUAACCAUAGAAUUUGAUGAUGAUGUUCCUGAUGCUAAGAAGCAGAAGAUUGCAUACCGUGCAACAGCAGAAGACAAGGAACGGGCGGAACUUGUCCAUAAGGUUCACUUGCUCUGUCUGCUUGCAAGAGGGAGGAUAGUUGAUGAUGCUUGUAAUGAUCCCUUGAUUCAGGCUGCCUUGCUUUCACUUCUACCAUCAUACCUGACAAAAGUUUCAAAUCUCGAGAAAGUUAUUGUCAAGGAUAUAGCCCCUCUUCUUCGUUGGGUUCGUGAAAACUUUUCUGUUAGGUGUUCUCCCAGUUCUGAGAAAUCUUUUCGUACUUCCCUAGCAUUUGCUCUUGAAUCUCGUAAAGGCACAGCGGAAGAGCUUGCAGCAUUGGCUGUUGCUUUGCUUAGAGCAUUAAAUCUCACAACUCGGUUUGUGUCUAUUCUUGAUGUUGCAUCCUUAAAACCAGGGGCCGAUAGGGAUGAAUCAUCAGGUCAAAAUAGAGCUAAAAUGAAGCAUGGGAUAUUCAGGACCUCAACACUUAUGGUACCAAAACAGCAGGCCAUCUCGUCACACCCGAAGAAAUCUUCUUCCCAUGUUAAGAAUAAAAGUAUCUUUGACACGUCUGAGCCUCAGCGUGGGAAUCCCCUGGGCUCUGAUCAGUUACAAGACAAUGCAGUCAAUUCAUCUUGUGAAGCAGGAAUGUCCAGAAAAUCUGACGGAACAAGGAGGAAAGGAGAUGUUGAGUUUGAGAGGCAAAUAGCCAUGGCUUUGUCUGCAACUGCAAACAACCAACAGAGCUCUCAAGUGAACAAUAAAAAGAAAAUUCGUGAAAUAACAAAAACAAGUGAUAGCUCGUCAGUUUCUGACCAAGUAAUAUCCACGGCUAUUGGUUCUAAGAAAGUAGAUUCUCCCCUUUGUUGGGCUGAGGUGUAUUGCAAUGGAGAAAACAUUGAUGGGAGAUGGGUCCAUGUCGAUGCUGUUAAUGGAAUGAUAGACGCAGAGAAAAACGUUGAAGCAGCAGCUGCUGCAUGCAAAACCGUUCUCAGAUAUGUUGUUGCUUUUGCUGGUGGUGGAGCCAAAGAUGUCACUCGCAGGUACUGUACAAAGUGGCACACUAUUUCACCCAAACGGGUGUGUUCAGUGUGGUGGGAUAUGGUAUUAGCACCGUUAAUACAUCUCGAGUCAGCCGCAACUCACAAUGAAGACAUUGCUCUGAGAAAUUUCAGUAGCCUAAAUCCUGUUGCUAACAGAGCUUCCUCGAGUAGCUCGUCCUUUGGUAUAAGAAGUGCUCUUGAAGAUAUGGAGUUGGCUACACGGGCGUUGACUGAGCCUCUUCCUACUAACCAACAGGCUUAUAAAACUCACGAAAUCUAUGCUAUUGAGAAAUGGCUUCACAAGAAUCAGAUACUUCACCCAAAAGGUCCAGUUCUGGGAUUUUGCUCUGGUCAUCCAGUAUAUCCUCGAACCUGUGUGCAGACUCUUAAAACAAAAGAAAGAUGGCUUCGUGAUGGGUUACAACUUAAGGCGAAUGAAGUUCCCUCAAAGAUUCUUAAGCGGAACUCGAAGUUCAAGAAAUCAAAAGAUUUGGGAGAUGGCGACAACAACAUUAACGGUGGUUCUUAUUGCAUGGAACUAUAUGGAAAGUGGCAAAUGGAACCAUUGUGUCUCCCUCACGCUGUUAAUGGAAUUGUGCCUAAGAACGAACGGGGUCAAGUUGAUGUCUGGUCUGAGAAAUGUCUCCCACCUGGAACAGUCCACUUAAGGUUUCCUCGAAUAUUUUCGGUUGCUAAGAGAUUCGGUAUAGAUUAUGCACCAGCCAUGGUUGGUUUCGAGUACAGAAGUGGAGGUGCUACUCCUAUUUUUGAAGGUAUUGUGGUCUGCACCGAGUUCAAAGACACAAUCCUGGAGGCAUAUGCAGAAGAACAAGAAAAGAGAGAAGAAGAGGAGAGAAGAAGAAAUGAAGCACAAGCAGCUUCGAGAUGGUAUCAGCUUCUUUCGUCUAUCUUAACCCGUGAAAGAUUAAAAAGUCGUUACGCUAAUAACUCUAAGGAUGUCGAAACCAAGAGUUUGGAAGUGAAUUCAGACACGGUCGUUAAGGCAAAGAAUGUGAAAGCACCUGAAAAGCAAAGAGUGGCUAAGAAAGGAGAAAAGUCACGAGCAAGAAAGUCUCGCAAUGAAGAUGAAAGCCAUGAACAUGUGUUUCUUGAUGAGCAAGAAACCUUUGAUGAGGAAACCUCUGUGAAAACGAAACGCUGCAAAUGUGGCUUCUCUGUCGAAGUCGAACAAAUGUAAUACGGGCCCUAGGAGUUUCAUUUUUUUUUGUAGUAUACUACUGAUUUUACAUAAAAAUUAGGUUGAUCGAUCUGUUUUUCCACCGAAAGUUUUGAUUUUAACUUUAAUCACACUGUUUAACCUUUUUUU